CUUUCGUCUCCACACCACAUUCGCUUGAAGGCGUAAACUUUUGAACUCAAAGACACAAAGAAAGGAAAAGCGACAAAAUGUACUCGACGAGCUCCACGAUGGUUCUUCACAGACGUGAAGAUUUAUUAGGCCGGCGGGGGACGCAGCCGGAGGUGUUCACGUUCGAGCACAUUCCGGAGGUCAUGAGCUCGACGGCGCCAACCCGGCCGAAGAAGCGCUGCACCCGGGUCAUGUACCCCGCCAAGGUCCGCAUGCACCUUCCGCCUCCGGAGAAGAGCGCGGCCAAACGUUGCUUGCUUCUCCUGCUCCUGGUCCUCCUGUGGCAGAUCUACACGGAGGACCCGUGCGUCGAGACGCCGACCGGGACCGGCCACAACGCGGGUGACUACCAGGGCUUCCCGACCGGGGGCUCCGGCGACGCUGCUCCAGAGAUGGCCUCCUCGGUUGUCCGCGGGGCGGAAGCUCCGGCCGAAGACUCCGCCGUCGCCGGGCGCACGGGAAACACCAUGGUGGCCUUGCUCGUCUACCACCGCCUGGGCGCUGACAACUAAAGCGGCACGAGAGCCGAAAGAAUGCCGAAAGCAUACUGAGCUUGAAGGAGCCGAGUCGAGCGGAGCGGAGGGCAGCGGUACACCGGCAAAGCUGUGGCCCGGGAAGAAGCUCCGUGCGCCGGCGGCUUGAUGGCCGUCGGGAGCCCGCUGUGGCCUGGAGGCGGGACGCCGCCUACAAGUCCGAGAACUGUGAACUCUUACCAGAAACUUGAAUUCAUCGUUGACUGCACUUCAAAAACUGACUGUUGUCCUGUCUUAUUUAUUUAUUAUAAUUAAUAUUAUAUGUUAUUUGCUAUUUAUUGAACAACACUUUUAAUAAAAAAAAUGGAAAUGA